GGAAGCAAAUAGGGAUGGGUAAAUUAUAGGGAGUGUAUAUCAACACUUAAUAAGUGCUAAUUGGCAAAUCAAAAGUCUCUAUUGGCACUUAGCCAAGACCACUCGAGAGAGAGAAAUUGCUAUCUGAAUUUAGUGAAUUCUGACUUAGUUAUAUCUUAGAGACAAAGUUGCUAAUAACCCUUUAGCAAAUUAUUGUACAGGAGCCAAUAAUAGUCUUAAAGAUAGCAAAUUCAUUUGUGUCUCUAAGAGAUUAAAGUUUUUUAGAGUCUUUAGUUGUUCAGUGUUCACCGCAUAAUCCCCAAACAUCAAUUCCAUAUUGGGGGGGUGGUGGGUGAGCUAUGGCAAUUGGGAUGUGGUGGGUGAGAUUUGGCAAUUAUGGAAUGACAAUGAGGAUUUCUAUUGCUCUCGGCGUCGGCGUGUGCUAUUGGUUAUAGUGGCUGGUAGGAUUUCUUUGAAAAACAAAGAUUUUGUCAUCUUUCAUGCAUCAUUUACCAAAAACAAAUAUUCUUUUGUCAUUGUCAUUGUCAUACAUCAUUUUCCAGCCAAAUAUGGCUAUUUUGGCCAUGACCUCUCCCAAGUCCCACCAAGAAGUGAACUACUCUCCGACUAGGCAGUUAGCCAAGCCAACUACCCACGUCUCUAAUAACUACCCCAGAGGAUAGUUAUGGACAUCUCUCACUCUCACUCUCACUCUGUUAAUGGAAACAAUGAAUUUGUGGGACAGCUUGGUUGAAGAGGCACUGGCAAAGCUCAAAUCUCUGAAACUCGUGCGGCAUCUGAGACCCAUUCACCUCCCCAGUGACCAACAACCAAAACCCAUUGAAAAUGAACCUCAAAGCAACUCAAUAUCAGACCAAGAAGAAGCAGGAAAAGAAGUCUUCCAGAUGUUCGAUGAAAUGCAGCAGUGGGAACGGUCCUCUGUGGAGGUCCACAUUGCAGAAGAAACGUUUCAAAGCUGGGUCUGUGAAAUUUCCACCACUGGAGAAGAAGUAACUGCUAAUGAAGAGGAGUCCCAUCCUCAGCAGUUCAAAAAGCGAAUUUUGUUCUCUGGAAAUGAUUAUUUGGGAUUGAGAUCACAUCCAACCAUUAAAAGGGCUGCUUCGAAGGCAGCCCAAGAACAUGGAAUGGGCCCAAGGGGUUCUGCUCUAGCUUGCGGCUAUACUAAUUACCAUAGGCUACUUGAAUCAUGCUUGGCAGAUCUAAAGAAGAAAGAGGAUUGCCUCCUUUGCCCAACAGGGUAUGCAGCCAACAUGGCCUUGAUGGUAUCAAUAGGAAGUAUUGCCUCCCUCUUGGCUGUAGGUAGUAAACCUUUAGAGGAGGACAGGAUUGCCAUAUUUUCUGAUGCCCUGAAUCAUUCAUCAAUUAUAGAUGGUAUUUGUCUGGCUGAGCGCCAACAAAGUGUGGAAGUGUUCAUUUAUCGACAUUGUGACAUGUCUCACCUUAAUGCACUAUUGUAUGUUGUUACCUUAUGUCCUAAUUUUUCAAAGAAAGUUGUUGUAACUGAUGGUUUGUUUAGUAUGGAUGGGGACUUUGCACCAAUGGUUGAAAUUGUGAAGCUUCGCAAGAAGCAUCAGUUUUUGUUGGUUGUUGAUGAUGCUCAUGGAACUUUUGUUUGUGGUGAAAAUGGGGGUGGAGUUGCUGAGGAGUUCAAUUGUGAAAAAGAGGUUGACAUAUGCAUUGGUACUUUGAGUAAGGCCACAGGCUGCUAUGGUGGAUUCAUAGCAUGCAGCAAAAGUUGGAAGCUAAUCAUACAAUCAAGGGGUCGCUCCUUCAUAUUUUCCACUCCAAUGCCGGUCCCCGAUGUUGUAGCCGCCCAUGCUGCUGUUACUGUGGCAAAAAAGGAAACAUGGUGUAGAAGGGAAAUUUGGAAAAGGGUACAAGACUUUCGUGUUCUUACUGGAAUCCCCAUCUCAAGUCCAAUAAUAUCUCUUAUUGUAGGGAGUGAAGAGAAGGCCCUGCUAGCUAGCCAGCAUUUGUUGACAUCUGGUUUCUAUGUAAUUCCAAUCGGACCCCCAGCAGUGCCUCCGAACUCAUGCAGGCUCAGGGUGACUCUCAGUGCAGUGCACACAAUGGAGGAUCUGAAGAAGCUCACCACAACACUCUCGCAGUGCAUUAAUUUCAAAGAUGUUGACAUUCAAAUCUCAAAUAAAAAAGCAAAGCUGUAGUGUUUGGAUUCUUUUUCUCCCCUCCUGGAUUGCAUUAAUUCAUUUCUGCAAUAUGGAUUGGAAUGUUUAAAGUUUACUAUAUUAAAACAGUGAUGAUUAAGAUACUUAUGGGCAGCUUAAGCCAGACAAUUCCCUUUC